UCACUAGUGUUCCUCUUGUUUUUUGGAUCGGACAAGAACUGGUUAUGAAGUUAUAAACAACGGCUAAAAAUCCACUUCUAAUACCUCGCUGCUUGCCAUUUUACGGCCUGUAAUGGUCAUUGACACCUCAAGGACACUAGUGGCGGUCGAAGAAGGCAGUCGCGCCGAAGAACCACUCGUCCUUUGUAUCAUACAAGAUGAAACAACGGUAGACUGGAAAAAUGCUAAAUAUACAGUCAAUCUUCCUGCUUCUUCAUCUGUUGAGGAUUUAAUCAAUCACGUCUCUAAAGAGGCAAACUACGUGGUCGAUUCUUUCCUUCUGGUCUGGACUAACUCGUCGAAGGACGAAGACAAGGAAAUCCCACUAAAUGGCAUCACAGAUAAGAGUUUAUCGGACUUUGGGCUGGUUGUUGGAGGGAAGAAGAAUAAAUUCUUGCUUAAAGCUAAAGAUGGCGAGGAACCGCGAAAAUUGAAGGACGAUGGUGAUAACACGAAUGACACACUAAGUACAAUGGUUCCAGAAAGUAAUGCUGCUAGCGCAUCAUCUUAUUCUGGGUCAUAUUACUCUGGGGACUCAUACUACACUAGUAAAUCUGACACAGGUUUUGUCGGUCUUGUUAACCAGGCUAUGACAUGUUAUCUAAACAGCUUACUCCAAACACUUUACAUGACUCCAGAAUUCAGAAAUGCUAUCUACAGGUGGGAAGCAACUGGUAGUGAAGAACAAGACAUCAAAUGCAUACCCUCUCAACUACAAAAGCUUUUCUUACUCUUACAAACUUGUGAUAAAAAAGCAAUAGAAACAACAGACCUUACGAAAAGUUUUGGUUGGGACAGUAGUGAAGCCUGGCAUCAACAUGAUGUGCAAGAGUUAUGCAGAGUUAUGUUUGAUGCCUUGGAAAGCAAGUUCAAAAGCACUGAUCAGGAGGAUCUCAUUAACAAACUUUAUCAAGGAAAGGUUAAAGAUUAUGUCAAAUGUCUUGAGUGUGGCAAUGAGAGUGCACGGACAGAUACAUACCUUGAUAUCCCACUAGCAAUAAUGCCAUUUGGUGAAAAUAGAGCCUUUGGCAGUGUGGAAGAAUCAUUAGAGGCAUUUGUGUCUCAUGAAACAUUGAGUGACAAUAACCAGUACUUCUGUGAAAAGUGCAACAAAAAAUGUGAUGCUCACAAGGGUCUCAAAUUCUUAUCCUUUCCUUACCUGCUGACGAUCCAACUCAAAAGAUUUGCUUUUGAUUACAACACUCUACRUCGAAUCAAACUCAAUGACAGGAUGACAUUUCCAAAGUUUCUCAACUUGAACCAGUUCAUUGAUGACCGAGAGAGCUCUGGCGAUGACGAGCAGAGCGUGAAAGGGGAUUCCCCAAGCAGUACAGAAACAGAUAGCGGCGUAAGUGAAGGAUAUUCAGAUAAUGGCAUAUUGACUGAAGAUGAAGAAAUUGGAGCUGCUGGUAAUGGAGAUAAUCAAAGAGAUGAUCAGUCUGAUGAACAAGAAGAAGGUGCUGUAGGGGACCAAAAACCAAGUUCUGAGGAACACAAGGGUCCAUAUGUUUAUGAAUUGUUUUCCAUCAUGAUUCACUCUGGAAGUGCCAAUGGUGGACAUUACUAUGCAUAUAUCAAGUCUCUAGAUGACGGAUGCUGGUACUGUUUUAAUGAUCAAAGUGUCACAAGAGUUGGCGAUGAAGAAAUUGAACGAACCUAUGGAGGUUCAGAAUAUCCCAAAGGCUACUAUUCUUCCAUUUACUCAAGUUCUACGAAUGCAUACAUGUUACAGUACAGACAAGUAGCCCCUCAGAGAAACAAGAAAUUCAUGGAAGUAAACGAGAUGCCCCCACACAUUGUCAGGCUGUCAAAUGCAAUUAAAAACCACGAAGAAGUGGAGAGACAGAGAAAAGAAGUUGACAAGAAUACUUGCAAGAUCAAAGUGUUCUAUGAUCAUCCACUGUUAAGGAAGGUUCUGGAAAGGAAACUUAAAGUCCACAAGGACAAAACAUUAAGUGAAGCAGUCUGCAUAGCAAGUAAAUUGUUUUCAGUUGAUUUUGAAUAUCCUAAAGAACAGUGUAGACUGGUGAAAUACGAUGAAUAUCAUGAAGCCAUAGAGAAGUCCUUCGAGGGUGAAGAGGACACACCAAUGGGCGUUCUCUUAGGAGGAGUAAAGUCUUCCUACAUGCUUGAACUCUUAUUAGAAACAAGAAAACCUGAUGAAACCUUUCCUGUAUAUAAACCUGGAGAUGAUGAACUUUCACUACAUGUGUUUGAAGAUCCCAAAGAAGUUGUUUCAACAGUAAACGAUAAAGAACAAGAUAUUUACGUGGACAAACGGAUAACAUUGUCUGAACUCAAAGAGAAGCUCGUUCCUCUUGUCGACUGUGAUCCAGAUUUCUUUAGGGUUUACAGAGUUUAUUCUAACAACCAGGAAAUCGAAUUGACACGUUUGAACGACACGUUAAAUAAUUUCAUUGAUGAGACUAAGAUUGUUGUAAAAUAUGGUCGCGCUUUGAAAACAGGCGAAUGUCACAUCAAGAUAUACUUACUAAAACCAAAUGAUUCAGAGGAGUACAUCAAGUAUCUGUUUGACUGGGUUGUCGUUAAAGGAAUGAAUGUCAAAAAAUGUAAAGAAUUAAUACAACCUGAACUUAGAAAACKAUUCGACAUCCAAACGCCUGUACAAAAUUUACGUUUACGAAAGAAAACGUGGAAGAACCCCGGCACCGUGUACGUGGACAGCCAGACGUUUGAUGAGGAUAUUUCAAUUUAUGCCAACUUUGAGGUGUUCGUAGAAGAACUAAGCGGUCCCGAACGAAUAACGAGCACUCGACUAUUAUCCGUCUAUACAUGUCAUUGGAGACCAUCAAGCCUCACAUUUGAUCCUCUUCAAGAAAUUAUUUUAUCUGAUUGCACAGGAGACGAACUAAAAGAAGAGAUUUCAAAACUCAGUAAUAUUUCUCUAGAAAACCUCGAUUUUGCGAAAGGUCGUGGCCCCUUUCCUUGUACAACAUCUGUACUGGAAAUUGAUAAAACUUUAGACUGGAAUCCAAAAACAACCUCAUUGCGUACCAGUCCUCUUUAUAUCACCGAUGAUGGCGCUGUUAUAUACUACCGAGAUAAAACAGAGGAAAUGAUGGAAAUAAGCGAAGAAAAGAAACAAGAAAUUUUGAAAAAAGAAAAUGCAAAGACAAGCACGACGGCGCCAAAAACUGUGGCAUUCACCUACAAAGAGAAAGCGCUCAAGAUAUACAAAGACGGCGUAAAACCUGUYUUAUGAGGGAAGCACACUAAACCUUCCCCUCAAUUCAAUCAUUUCCWACUAAUAUUGUCUAAUGAUUAUUACAAUUUCAGCUUUCCACAGGGUUCCCAACCCUUAAAAUAUAAAACGCCAAUUUUUUGUGCAAUUUUGAAAUAGAUUUUAUUAAGAAUUUGGAACUUCCGUUAGCCGCUAGGCGCGGUCAGAAGAUGUAGUUGCCUGCUUGAAGUUCAUCAGUAGGAAAAAAAACAACAACAAGACGUGGCUAAGAGAAGCUGAGAUUUACUGAUGGUUAGAUGACUUCAGCUCGUAUCGGAGUUGGUUGCUUAGCUACGUAAGGGGUUUCUCCGAGCUGGCUUUCAGCUUUAGUGCAGAUACUAGAAGCAAAGACCAAUGAAGUACUGUGACACAGAGGCUUUUAAAGAGAGUAAUGGUGCCAUUGUCAUCGUCCCGAAAGAAUUCCUACAGCACUGGCCAGAAAACCAUUUAUAUGCCACUGCACUUGUGAAGAAAAAUGACGACCCAAUCCAACUAUAUUCUGUCUUUUUGCACCUCUUUUAAAUUUAUAAAUCAGUCUGACCGAAAAGUUUUUUCUCUGUCAUCUCACUUGAUAUCCUAAGCUUCGCUGUGAUUGAGCUAAGAUCACGCGACUAUAUUUGCCAUGGGAACCCUGUGUUAUUCUUUCACAAGCUUCGUCUUCGCUGGUGAAUCAAAAACACAAGUAAAUAUUUUGCGCACGUGCUAAAUCACUAAAAUAAUUAUUAAUCUUUUUGUACUUUGCUAUAACAGAUUUACAUGUAAAAAUUGUCAUAUUGGUUAUUUUUCUAUUUGGUAUGUUAAAUAUUCACUCAUAGGAUUAUAAAAUUAUUCAAUGUCUCCUAUAAAUAGCUAACGAAAACCACGUUUUUUUWAUGUAUUCAUACCUUGAAAAACCCUUCCCUCCAAGGUUUUUAUUUGUUCACCACAAGGAAUCCAAUUUUUUUUCUUUCCGUACUCAAACAGUAAUUAAGUUUGAGCACAAUCGAACCUUUUUGUUCAAAAACGAAAAAGUACGAAAACCGGUUUCGAUUUCGCUCGUUUUUAGCUAAUACAAUGGCACAAGAAAGUUUGAAAACAUKCCAUAAUUUUCCAUUCACAAAAUCUCGUACUUAGAGAGCACGUUCCUCUUUGUCAGCGACGAGUGAUGUUUCUCGGUGCUGAACAAGAGAAACGUGGGUACUGGGUACGAGAUUGUCCGUUCGCAGUAGUACAUCAAAACAAACUUGGGCUCCCUGUGGAUUCAUUUGGGUUCGAAUGACUGGGUAUGUAACUCGAUCUGCGACGAAUAACAAUGAAAUAGCCGCCAUGUUGGAUGAUCUAACAAGAGAAAGUUAAUGAGGAAUGCUUUGUAUAGUCAACCAACAUGGCAGCUAUGACGUAACAUGGACCCCAAAGGAAAACAUGCUAAACUCGGAUUAAAACAACCGAAGUUAUGACUCA